AUGCCGACCAACGGGCUGCACCAGGUGCUGAAGAUCCAGUUCGGCCUCCUGAACGACGCCGACCGCUACCUGACGGCCGAGAGCUUCGGCUUCAAGGUCAACGCGUCGGCGCCCAGCCUCAAGCGCAAGCAGAUCUGGGUGCUGGAGCCCGACGCCGGGCACGGCGCGGCAGUGCUCCUGCGCAGCCACCUGGGCCGCUACCUGGCGGCGGGGCAGGACGGGCGCGUGUCCUGCGAGGCUGAGCGGCCCGGCCCGGACUGCCGCUUCCUGGUGCGGCCGCAGCCCGACGGGCGCUGGGCCCUGCAGUCGGAGCCCCACGGCCGCUUCUUCGGUGGCACCGAGGACCGGCUGUCCUGCUUCGCCACGGCCGUCUCCCCUGCCGAGCUGUGGACCGUGCACCUGGCCACGCACCCGCAGGCCCACCUGCUGAGCGUGAGCCGGCGGCGCUACGUGCACCUGUGUCCCCAGGAGGACGAGAUGGCCGCGGACAGCAACACGCCGUGGGGCGUGGACGCACUUGUCACCCUCACCUUCCAGAACCGCCAGUACUGCCUCCGCGCCUGCGACAGCCGCUACCUGCGCAGCGACGGCCGCCUGGUCUGGGAGCCCGAGGCCCGUGCCCACUACACACUCGAGUUCAAGGCCGGCAAGCUGGCCUUCAAGGACUGUGACGGCCGCUACCUCGCGCCCGUGGGGCCGGCCGGCACCCUGAGGGCCGGGCGCAACCUGCGUCCCAGCAAGGACGAGCUCUUUGACCUGGAAGAGAGCCACCCACAGGUGGUGCUGAUGGCUGCCAACCACCGCUAUGUGUCUGUGCGGCAAGGGGUCAACGUCUCAGCCAAUCAGGACGAAGAACUGGACCAUGAGACCUUCCUGAUGCAAAUUGACCAGGAGACAAAGAAGUGCACCUUCUAUUCCAGCACUGGAGGCUACUGGGCCCUGGUCACCCAUGGGGGCAUCCAGGCCACAGCCACACAAGUUUCUGCCAACACCAUGUUUGAGAUGGAAUGGCGUGGCCGGCGGGUGGCACUGAGGGCUAGCAACGGGCGCUACGUGUGCAUGAAGAAGAAUGGCCAGCUGGCAGCCAUCAGCGACUUCGUUGGUGAGCACUUUUGUCCACCUGGGGGCUGGGGUCCUCUCCCAGGGACAGGGCCUGCUCAAGCAGCACCCUGCCCCCCAGGUAAGGAUGAGGAGUUCACCCUGAGGCUCAUCAACCGGCCCAUCCUGGUGCUGCGAGGCCUGGACGGCUUUGUCUGCCAGCGCCGCGGCUCCAACCAGCUGGACACCAACCGCUCUGUCUACGACGUCUUCCACCUGAGCUUCAGCGACGGCGCCUACCAGAUCCGAGGCCGCCGCGGCGGGUUCUGGAACACCGGCAGUCACGGCAGCGUACGCAGCGACGGUGAGCGCGGCGAGGACUUCGUGUUGGAGUUCCGCGAGCGCGGCCGCCUGGCCAUCCGCGCCCGGAGCGGCAAGUACCUGCGCGGCGGGGCCUCGGGGCUGCUGCGCGCCGACGCCGACGCGCCGGACGGGGUGGCACUGUGGGAGUACUGA